AUGGUAAUACAGAAUCCUACACAUGUUGCCAAGACUCUAAAAUUUACGGAUGCAUUAUGCACUUAUUAUAUGAUUGAAGAGCAGACGAAAUUGAAUGAGAUUGAAGAGCAGACGAAAUUGAAUGAGGGGAAUGGGAAAGGGUUUGCACAAUUGAAACCCAAUCCAAAUGACACAAUGCAUUUGGUUCGUAAGCGAGGAUUAGACGGGAGGCCUGUUAGCCGCACAUUGGGACGACACAGUGUUGUAGAUCAUGCUGGUCUGUCAGCACCGGUUCCACAACCGCCACAUGAGCCAGUUGGGUAUCCUGGCGGGCUUUUAGACCCGUCAUUACUUGAAAGAGGUCCGAAAAAGGAGAUUAAAGUUGCAAGACACGGGACGAAGCUGGAGGAUAUGGUUCCUCAUUUGCUCCCACCAGAGAUGAAGCGUUGGGUGGAUAGGCCAGGUCUGACUUCUCUCAAGAGAACCAGCCUGACCAAGAUAGACACAAAUCUUGUUACAACAUUUGUGGAGAGGUGGCACAUAGAGACAUCGUUAUUUCACAUGUCAUUUGGUGAGAUGACUAUUACAUUGGAUGAUGUUUCCAUUCUGCUGCACUUGCCCAUUAAGGGUGUUUUCUGGUACCCGAGCAUGUCACUGAGGAGAUGA